AUGUGGAAAUUGUCGCUUCACAGUCGCUCUUCACCAAUCGAAACAAUGAAGUCUAACUGUCUUUAUUUGACUUUACUAAUAUCUGCAACAUGCAUACUGGAAAUUUCUGGUAGUACUAAAGAAAUUCAUGCAUUUGUCGAUGGUCACAAUUCACGGCGGCUUCGGGUGGCGAAAGGUGAAGUGAAAGGACAGCCAGGUGCCUCUGAAAUGAAGACUAUGAUGUGGGAUCACGAAUUAUAUGUGAAGGCAUCAACCUACGCAGGCAAGCUCCCGCGACAGCAUAAUCCGGAUAAGAGUGUCCAAUCCGGUAGAUUCCGAACUGGUGAGAAUUUAUUUUGGUACUCAACCACUAAUCAUAACUACCAACUGAGUCCAGAAACAGCUGUCGAAGCCUGGUUCCGUGAACAUUACAACUACACUUACGGCCCAAUUAGUAGGAGUGACUUUGACGGCUCCAAGAGUUACCAAAUUGGUCACUACACACAGAUGGUAUGGUCGAACACUAUUUACGUCGGUUGUGCUAUAUCAGAAACUUACAAAGGACAAUGGAAGAAGUUCUUCGUCGUUUGUAAUUACGGACCAUCGGGAAACUAUAUCGGUCAAGAACCAUACAAGAAAGGUGGGCCCAGCAACAAGUUGACCUGCGGUUGUCCUAAGAACGAUCGAGUAGAUAUUUCAGGUAGUCAUAGGAAACGUCGUAAAUUCCUUGAAGGCCACAACUCACGGCGGCUACGGGUGGCUAUGGGUCAAGUUAAGGGACAGCCAAGUGCCUCUGAAAUGAACAUCAUGAGGUGGGACCACGAAUUGUACUUAAAAGCAUCGUCGUGGGCAGCAAAGCACUCUAAAAACCAUAAUCCUGAUAAAACUGUCAAAUCACGUAGAUUUAGAACUGGUGAAAAUUUGUAUUGGUAUUCUACUACAAAUCGUCAUUUCAAACUAGACCCGGAAAAAGUCUUACAAAUUUGGUUUGACGAACACCAGAACUAUACUUACGGGCCACUGCAGAAGGGUACUUUCGGGAAGACUGGUCACUACACUCAGAUGGUGUGGUCGGAUAGCAUUUACAUUGGCUGUGCUAUUUCACAAACGUACAAAGGGCAAUGGAAGAUUUUUUAUGUUGUGUGUAACUAUGGGCCAGGGGGUAAUAAGAUUGGACAAAAACCGUACAAGAAAGGUGGGCCCAGUAAAAAGUUAAAAUGCGAAUGUAUGAAAAGGAACCGAAGCUGUAAUUGUAAUAACCUUUACGGCCAUUAA